GCAGAAGGAGCAUCAGCAGCAGCAGUAGUAACACAAAGUGAGAAAUAGGGAUUUUCAUCUUGGUCCUAUUUUCCCCACAAGAAGGAGAAAGUCACGUCAAAGAACAGAUAAAGGUCCGCAGGCUAUUUUUAGGCAAUGUCACCUUGUCUCAUCUUUUAAUUUUGCGUGUUGUUUGUCUGCAAUAUCAAAAUACGUGAUUGUACAUAUGUAGUUGUACGUAGGUGUGUCGAGUGCAUAUCUCCUUUUCUGCUGCUUCACUGACCUCUCAUCCACAGUUGAGGUUGACUUUGAACAGUCGUCUCAACCAAUCAACAAGCAAGAAGUGAAAAAAAGUCUCAAACAGAGGAAAGAGUUCCUUCUUGAAAAGGGUGUGUGUGUGAAUGAAUCGAGUCAGCCAGAUCACUGCCACCAAUAUCGACACCACCAGCCAAAGCCUUUCUCCUGCAUUGGCUGAGAUGCUGAUAUCUAUCAAAGCAAAACCGAAUAUCCUCAUGUUUCAUCAUAUCCACUCGAAUAGUGAAAACAACUUUUUCCUUCCGGCAAGUAACUGUAGAUUUAUUUAACAUUUAUAGGCUGUGCCAAAACAAGAAAAAUUCUAGGUUCAUACAAUUGAGUUUUGUUCAAGUUGUGUCAAAAAUCGUAGAAAAAAAAAUCUCGUAGUCAAGUCACCAGUCUCACCAUCAAAUCAACCAGACUCGACCAGAAAGACAUAUGAGAGAUAAGAGUGAUUUUGAGAGGAUGGAUGAUGCUGCUGCUGCUUUUGCUUGGACUGGAAAGUAGCCGUCGUUGUGGCAGUGGUGGUGAAAGUGGAAAAGUGAAAGCAGUUGGGAUGACAAGCAGUGGAGAGGCGACGGAGGAGGAGUGAGUGGUGGUGGUGGUGGAAGUGUGUAGUUAUCGUUGUUGUUGUUUGAAUAAGUGUUUCGAACUUAAGACGACGAGCUGGGAGGCAUCAUCCCAUCCCACGGAAGAAGGAAGACCCACGCGAGGCCUACCUUUGGGUCUCAACUGUUGGGUGGUGGCGUCGCUGGUGCUGCUGGGGGAGGAAGUGGACGUCAGUCAGACACAAGUGCAAAUGGGCUACCACGAGCUACCAGACGGAUGAAAAUGGACAUGAUGAAUUCGCCCCCACCACCACCAAAACAUCUCGGUGGUAGUGGUGGAACGUCCAGAAUGAUCAGUACCAAGUCGGCGGCUAUCGUUCAGCCACCCGUCUACAGCCACACAAUUUAUCGAAAAUUGUCCCCCGACUAUCCAAUGUACACGUACCACUACAAAUCCCCCUCUAUCUCUUCCUCCAUCUACUCAGAACCCAUCCACGCUAGGUCUUCGUACAAGCAGGGGGUCUUCUCACAACGGUCGGCUUUUGGUCGACCACAGCCUCCUCAUCCAUCUAGUGCAAUGUUUGACGAAGCUGACGACCCUGGCAUCAUGUCGGAAGCGGAAACCGCAUCGACAGGGUUUCGAAGAGGUGGAAAGGCUAGAUCGUCCUUACCAGUAGUGCGAACGCCAAGUAAAACCUUGGAAAGACCUUUGGGUUUGGUGUUUCUCCAGUAUCGAACUGAGACUAAGCGUGCUUUGCUACCAAAUGAAGUUACAUCGCUGGAUACUGUAAAAGCUCUCUUCGUACGAUCGUUUCCCCGUCAACUUUCAAUGGAAUACUUGGAUGCCAUGAAUGUAAAGAUUUAUAUCCACGACGGAUCCAAGGACAUGUUUUACGAGCUGGAAGACCUCAGGGACGUUCGGGAUAGAUCUGUAAUGCGUUUGGUUAAUGGGAAAGAUACCUGGGAUCAAGACCAGUCCUACUUUUCUGAGCCGGAAUUCGAAUCAGAAUAUCAACAUCAGCACAUUCAUAAAACUAAGGGGAGCAAAGCACCUCCGUAUAUGACCUAUAGUUACCCUAUUGGUGCUACCAAUUCGUUACCUCGAGUAAAUCGACCGUUCUCGCCUGCGCCCGUAGCCAUGAAAUCCACUGUUCUAGCAGAUUCGGCGCUUUACUCUCCUCGGACAACCGGAACAACCCAGGGCACAGCGUUUCCUAUGCCACCAUCCGGAUACAUCACACCAGAUCUGAGGCGUAAUAUUUAUUCCAGUGGAGCAGAGCCAACCUAUGUUUCAUCUCCGGAACGAAGAUGCGUGGAAGAUCCGUACUAUUCCCAAUUUCCUCAAACGAGAUCGGGAUCGAUAACUCCAGUCAUAAUUGAUGAUGAGGCUCGUUUUCGUAUGGAACAUAUGGAACGUCAACUUGCCAACUUAACUGGACUAGUGCAAAAGGCUUUGGUCCAUCCUCCAGUUCCUACCCCACCCACAAGACUCGUGCACUCUUCACCCUUGCCAAGAACCAUACCUGGUGCUAUCAUCACUCCUCCCACACAGAAUACUUACCGGGAUUACAUACCCACUCGAGACUACCGAGACGAUAUCGAUAAGCACUCUAGUUCAAGCUCUUCUUUACCAGAUGACCCUGUUCGACCUAUUGCAGAAAAUCAUAUUCCUUCCAAUGCCACCACUCAUACAAAAGCUCCCAAGUUUGGCAAAGUGUCGUCUCGUACCGUGUCGUUUGAUUUGUCGUUUAGCGAAGAUCCUCCCGAACAUGGGAAACAACACUCGCCUUCUCAAUACUCAGCCGAGAAGCCAACAAAGCCAGCAAUCAAAUCAACUACGUUGCCCCGAAUGUCCCAGGAUCGAGUUCUUAAGCCUGUUCCUGCGACGGCGGCUACAGGUGUGCCAAAACAAAUUGUUCUUCCUGCUCAACCAGCACUGGUUAAUAUCCCUUCGCAUCACGAUAAUAGACAAUACUAUUCUGGUCCAAGAGGCGAACUUUGUCUCAACCCAGAAAUGUUUAAUCAGUUAAGAAAUUUGCAAAAGAAGGCGAGGGAAUUGAAGAGUGAGAUUCGCGUUCUUCGACGAAAUGUGCAAGUCCAGGCUCAUUCCGUAAGAGAGACAAUCAAGGACACAUUUUUAAAAUUUAAAGUUGCUGCAAUGGCCGGCAAUGACCAAUGGAUGCAAGGUGAUCCAGAGAAAGCACGAAUACACAGGGGAAUACACAAGGAAAAGGAAUACUACAAACAAGAGAUGCUAAAGUUGGACAAUGAUUUAGAGGAGCUGGAAACGACAGUGGAGAUUCUACGGGGUCAUGUUAUUACGAAACGAACCCGUGUGAAUAUGUCAGAUGUCGAGAAUAUGGCAUUAGUUCUCAGCAAGGCAAGUAAAUCGGUGGCAGACCUGAAAACCCGUUUUCCAUCCCUGCAAGAAAGCGUAAAAACCUUGCUAACAAACGAGAUGGACGCAAUGAUGGUCGAAGAAAGAUUCCUGAAAGAAGAACCUGAGAGACUGGAAGUUGCAUUGAGGCGAUGUAAGAAAUUAACUGGGACGCUCGUCACGCUGAAGAGACUGGCAUCUGUACAAGAACAAAGACUGCCCUCGCAGGAUGGGGAAAGCAGUCCAGGCACGAGCCCGCCUGGGGGAGGAACUCCAAAUUCUAGUAAAAUGAACAACAGGGGGGCCACCACCGGUUCAGUCCCCGGCUACGGAUUCCUUAAUGCGUCGGGGAACGUCAUGGGACCCGGAAUCAACUAUGCCACGGGAACAGCCGUUGGUCCAGAAAAUGCACUCGAUGAUUUACUAAACGAGCUAGACGGAGCUCAUCAGAUAGGAACUUAUAAGCAACAUAGGCUAGAACCACCCAAGCGUUUACCAUCGUACCCAUCGACCGAGUCUGGGUCACCGGUCCGGUCUCCUCUGCGUCCUCCUCUGCUGCCCAAACCUGCCAGAAUUCCGCCACCCCCACCACCAAGAACGAGCUCCAAGUCCCCCCUCAUCUCACCCAGCAUCGAGUCCAGUGGAGGGGACUCGAGUGAAAGUAUCAACAGCCAAGACGCCGGCUCCAACAAGCUCAGCCAGCGUCACCAAGAACUUUUGAGGAAGCAGCAGCAGUUGCAGGCGCAGUACAAUCGGCUCCAAGUUUUGCAACAACGGUCCGUCUCCUCCACGGGCUCCAACUCUCCCGCGGAAAACAACAAGCUCGAGCUGAAGAAAACCGGAAGUGAAAGUAAUCUGCGUGCCAAAUUGGGGCUCGAAUUCUCAGCAGCACCCACCGGCUCCCUCAGCAAUAUUAAUAAGUCGGUGUUGUACGAAACGGACAUUUUAUGAAUGUUUACCUCUCUUGCUCAAACUUUUCCAUCAUUUUUUCUAUGUUCUUCUACUACUACUAACCCAGUUAUUGGUACUAUCUAACUACAUACAAACUAAUUCUAAAAUUAAUUCUAAAUAAAAAAAGAAACAUUUUACACAUAGACAAAA